UGGGGGCACACUUGACAUCAGCAAACAGACAUUAAAGGAUUAUCUGAUUGUUUACACAAGUCAGAUAGCGUAGCAUGCCGUCCGUAGCUCGCCUAAAACAAAGUUUGAGGCAGUCUCGCCCAGCGAGCUACAAAGACGCUAGUCUUCACUUCAACCAUAAAAUGGUAAAAAAAAUAAACAUAUUGCCGAAAGCAAUUUGAAUGUGCCGCGCCAAUUCAAUUACGAACGCUGAGCGCCCCACAGACGCACCGAAUAUUAGGGCAAUGAAAAAAUAUUCCAGGAAAAAAACUAGUAAACAUUUAAUAGACAGAUGAGUGCGGGUAAGCGCGCACUGAGUGACGCUGCCGAGAUGCGACCGGGCGUUAUCACCGUUACCGACAUGGACACCGUGCAGGAAGAAAAUGACAAUGACAGCGAUGAGUCUUCAUACUCGGACAUCGGACGACUUCGAGAAAGGACUCAGGCUAUGUUGAGCCCCACUGAGCCUUUGAUGGCCCACUCCCACUCACAGCCGAACAGUCGCAGGAUGUCCAACGAUCUGGAGGCCAAAUUGGCUGCCAAUCUCAACACCAGGCGGCCAUCAGCGAUCAUAGCGGCGUUCCGUCGACCGUCGCAGGCGCUGGCGCUGUGCGCUGCAACACAGAAGAGGUUCCUCUCAGAACUGACGCCUCACUCGCGUACCUCCGUCGCCUCCACCCUCCACGAGGCCCCACCCUCCGCUGCUGAGAUCAUGGGACAUGAAGCCCUCAGCAAGGCACUAUCGGCACUUUAUGCUAAAUUACUAGUGAUAUUGGGCCUAGCCUUCCCAGUGACCGAGGUCAUAGCCAAUGGAGUGCCCAGCGGAUAUUACCAGGGUUUCUAUUUAUACUUAUAUUUAGUAUCAGUAAUGUUCGUCGUGUUCGAGUACGCAAACUUGAUGCGCCAGAAAGCUGUCAACAUGAUUAUUCAUGAUUUCGGUGAAACGGACAAAGACGAGAAAAAUGGGAAAACCAGUCCCGGCGAAAAACCAAAAAAGAAAGAGGUUAUUUCACGUUACGGCAGCUUCUAUUUGAGGCUCGGCGCUAUUGCAUUUGGCAUCGGCUCGAUGGUGUACAGUGGUCUAGAGUUCGGAGAAUAUUUCGAGAUGACAGAUAGAUGUCGGUCAAUCUUGUCCGCCAUUACACCCGCGCUACGGAUGGCCCUCACACUGCUCCAGAUGCAAUUCAUAUUCCUGACAAGCAAGGACAUAGAGUCAGGUAGCCACAAAAUGAUCCAACGAUUCGGUUUCAUGCACAUGAUAGCUACAAACUUGUGUGAAUGGUUGUAUGUACUCGUGGAGGAGACCAAGCAUGAGAUACAUCAUUUGGAGCACGCUUUAGCUUCGAACAGUAGCGGUAACGGGACCGACCCUGGGGGCUGCAGACGAGCCAACAUUAUGGGCGCACUCCUACACAACGCGUCUCCGUUCCUCUUCCCCUGUACCAUCGAGUAUUCUCUCAUUUGCGCUGUCAUCUUAUACGAAAUGUGGAAAGAGGUGAAAUGCACACCAGAGGACUUUGAAAGAAAAUUCAAUUAUGCGAAAGCCAAAUCGCGAAGUAAUUCCGUGACUCCUGAAAAGAUUCUUCAGCAGUUUGCGGGCAUGCUGGGUGUGGGCUCCCCGUAUGGUAGCCGCGCCGCGCUGCACCACUUCUCCGUAGACUGCUCACACGCACACCGCGGCCUCUUCGCCGGAAUCUUGCUCAUCGUGCUCACCAUCAUAUCGCUGAUCAUGUUCUUCGUGCUGGCGCAUAAUCCUGCUACUAUUAACGACGCAAUAUUCCAAGUGAACAUAUGCGAGUUAAUCCUAUAUUCUAUAAGUAUCGUGGUGUGCGCAGCUGCAUUAUAUCAAAUGAGAGCUUUGCCGUACAAGAGGAAAUCUCGCGCUGUCCUGGGCUUGGACACGUCUCUGCUGAUCCUGGCACAGUCAGGAAUGUUCGUGUACUGUAUGUUCAGCCUGAUCGGCUCGCAUCACACCCUCAGCUCGCACUCCGGGGGAGGACUCACUGGUUUCUUCUCGGAGUUCCUAUCACUCAACCAGACGAUCCUCCAAUCGUUAUUCAUAAUCGACGCGUGGUGGCGUCGAAGCUCUACGUCUGAACAGCGCCGGCGCAAGCCUGGCCGCCAGCUGGUAACCUUCCUGCUCGUCGCCAACAUGGCCAUGUGGGCUAUCAACACUCUUGAAAAGAACCGUGCAGAGUUCAGGCCAGCUCACUUAGAGUUCUACGGACCCUGGGCGUGGACGAUCAUCACGCAUGUCUCCAUGCCUCUGGCUAUCUUCUACCGGUUCCACUCAACCAUCUGCCUCUUCGAAAUCUGGAAACACAGCUUCAAGAACAAACCUCUAUACCUGAAUAUGGCAUAGCUAGAACCGUUUAUGAUUAAAAAUGUUUUGUAAAUAUUUA